UAACUGACAACUUCCUUUUUUAUUUUAUUUUUCUUCCGGUCCCUGAAAUGAAGGGUAAAUUGUAUACAUCUCAUUUUUUAACGUGUUGGACAGAUAGGGUAUACGAGUUCUCUUGCUUUUUGCUCAUUGCGGAAGUCUUUAAAACUUCCUUGUUGUUGGCCUCCAUAUAUGGCUUCUCAACCACCAUUGCCGCCAUUCUUUUCAGCAACUUUGUGGGUAGAUUGGCUGACGUUACACCUCGUUUAGCGUUUGUCAGAAUGACCAUGUUUGUUCAAAAGGGGUCCAUCGUACUAAGCUGCAUAUUCUUUUAUGUCAUUUUCGAGUUCAACCGACACGUUAUAUUCUUAUAUUCUGGCGUUGUAGUAUGUGGAUGUUUUUUAAAACUGGCUUUUAUAGCAAAUAACAUUGCGAUCGAAAAGGAUUGGGUGAUGGUCAUCACGGAAGGGGAUACAGAGGGUAUGUUAACAGUAAUGAAACGAAUCGAUCUCUUUUGUAAAACCAUGGCACCCAUUAUGAUGGGCACAUUAAUGUCUUUUGGCUCUUCAAUGGGGGUUAUUAUUAUUGGUACAUGGAACACUCUGUCUUUAAUUGUUGAGUACCAGCUAGUGCUUCAAACAUAUAAAGCACAUCCCAAAUUAGCCUCUAAAGACACCGAAUUGGGUGAGGGGACUCCGUUGAUGCCUAUAGAAGAACGUCGUGUUUCAUUUUUGGAAUAUGUCAAUCACCAAAUAUUCCCGGCGAGUCUAGCCAUGGCUAUGCUACAUAUGACAGUACUGUCAUUUGGUGGCAUCAUGAUAUCGUAUUUAAAAAUAAUUGGUUACCAGGACUGGUCCUUGGGCGUGCUCCGAGCAGUAGCGGGUAUUGCGGGUCUGGCCUCUACUUGGAUUUUACCUUUCUUGUCUAGCAAGAUUGGUAUUAUCCGAUCUGGCAUGUGGGCUGUAUGGUUUGAAGCUGGGAGUCUUACUCCCGUUGUUAUCUCCUUGACCAAUGCAUAUAGAGGAUCAGUUCUUGGAUCCAUUAUGCUUUUUGCUGGAAUGUGCAUCAGUAGAGUUGGGCUAUGGAUGUUUGAUAUUACGGAAACAAUCCUACUACAGCAACUUGUAGACCCUGCACAACUUGGAAGUAUUUCGGGUUGGCAGCAUAGUAUGUGCAACGUCUUCGAUCUAUCACAAUAUAUCUUGACGGCAAUUGUUUCGGACCCCAAGGACUUCAUUAUCCCAGCUACUGUCUCUUUAGGUGCUAUCUUUUGCUCAUCGAUGUCUUACACAUAUUUUGUCAGAAAGGAAAGAGGCCAUUUAUUGCAUUGGAAAAAGGGGUCUUAAUGUCAUUUAUUUAAUUUUCCACCCAUAUGUUACCAACUGUUCGUUUCUAUAUACCUUUUACAUAAAUAAAUAAUUCAGUAAUUCAAUUAAUUAA